GAUAGACGAUGCAGCCGUUCAGGUUUCAGUGUGUUACUUUGUUUAGUCCAAAGAACAUGGCAAAAUCAUUUCUCUCUGUGUCGUUUAUUCGCAGCAUCGAAGACUCAAUGGACUGGUAUGAUCACAUAGCUUUCAGUUUUUUGCUUUUUAAGCAAGGCGAUGAAUUGGUAGCGCUCGAACAAAUGCAGCGAUUAAUCAAGCUUCACGAACGAGGCUGCCCUGAGUGGAAAAGGGUUGCGAUCCAUUUGGCCAUUCAAUCGGCUGAGAUGAAUCCUAGUGCUGUGAUUGAAGCACUGUUUCAGCUAAAGCAAUGGAAACUCUUGCGAUUAAUAGGUUAUUCCGUUUCAACGCCGAUCGAGUACAUUCCUAGAGGUCAUCUAUUUCCGUUUAGAGUUGGAAUUUUUUGUAUUCUGGACCAGCUGGAUCGUUACGACGCACAUUUGUUAAAAAGUUUCAUAAACAGCAUGGACGCAACAAAUGAAUUCCAAGUGAUUGAAGUCGUCGUUUUACAGUGGAUCGUGAGCGGCAUUAUCUCUACCAAUGAUUGUUCGAAAUUGACAAUUGCUCUCGGCCGAAUCGGCAGAAAUGAUCUAGUAAACUUAAGUUUACAGCUACAAAGCGGACUAUCAGGGACUUCAUCAAUGAGGGACGAAUGCUUCAAUCAAAGUAUAUUGAGACAUUCUACGAUUGGAAACAACAGACUCCACCCAAGCUCAUCUACCGGUUACUGCCUGAUUGUACACCAGAAAAACAUUUACAGAGAACGGGAUCCGAUAUUAAAACACAGGGUCGAACUCGAUGUACCAAAUUACCAAGGAAAUGAAGCCGAUUGCCGGACAUUAAGAGAAACAUUUCUCUCUCUCGGUUACCAAGUUGAAAUAGCUGAGGACCUGACCAAUUUUGAAUUGAAGCAAAAGGUGCUGGAUGUCUCACGUGGAGUUGACUGGACGAGAUACAACGGCCUGACACUUUGCUUUUUAUCCCACUGCAUUCAAGGCCAAAUUUUAGGCAGCAAUUCAUUGACCUUAUCAUUCAAUAAAGACGUUCGAAAAUAUUUUAAUGAAUGCUACUGUCCUGGCUUAAAAGGAAAACGUAAAGCAAUAAUUUUCUCAACUCCAUUCGGCUCCGCUGGAUGGAAUCCGGUUUCGCAAUUAGAUUGUGUAGGAGGAUACAACCCACAUUUAUACGACAAUUUCCUUGUUAUUUGGCCAACGUCUUACGUUCUGUCUGUUUCAAAUGGUGGAUCACAAUUUAUUACGGAAUUCAGUACGGAACUGAAGAAACCGAAUGCAGCCAACGACACAACUCUUGCGUCCUUCAGAACUGCCAUUAGUACCAUAAAUAAUCGCAACAACCUUACUCGAUACCGAAAACGUCAGUUUUGGUCGAUUCAGCAAUGGAAUGUUUAAAUUUCGCAUCAAUUUGUUCAUAAACCAAAUAACGAGUCAAGUCAUAACAAAAAUAACUGAUUACACGACGAUUUUAUUUACUGUACUUUUGCUUUUACGAGCUAGUCGUACAUGCCCGCAAGACAUAGGAGCACAUAAACAAUACAGAAGACGAUAGUGCCAUUUUGUCGGUGUUCUUCACAAGUCGUGGAAU